UAAUAAUAGUGGGGCCAGUAUAUAAUCAUUUAAAUAAUAUUUUGUAUUCAACGUUUUUUUUUUYUUACAAAUUUAAUGCUGACUCAAAUGGUUCGAGGACUGGAUUUCUAACAAUUAUAUUAUGCUGUACGUCUUCGUUUACGGUAAUAGUUAUUGUUGAGAUUGCGGUUUAAAAUAUUUCUAAAAACAUUCCACAAGACAACAAGUAUAGAUAACCUGACCUAUAGAUAUUUAAGGGAYGUAUCUACUUAUAAGUAUUAGGUACAAACAGUUAUUUGUUAUACAACAACCUACUCAUAUAUUUUUCCAGUAUCUUCAUCGAUUUAUCGUUAUAAGUACGAAUUAAGAAGGUAAUAAUUAAACAUGGACAAUUUUCGACAACGAAUAUGUUUUUCUUCGCCUACAGAAUCAGAUAUUUCACUGGAUCACGAACGAAAUAAUGAGGUUCAAGAUUUAUUGAUAUUUUUUGGUACUGAUAAAAUAGGAAGUAAAAUUAUAUUAUGUAUUAAUCAAAAUUAUAAUUUAAAACAAUCGAACUCUUUAAUACACAUUCGUGAUCCUACAGGACWUGAAUUUACAAAUCAAGAAAYGGGUAAAGGAUCUUAUGCAUUUUCUUGUUGGAAAACACCCAGUCUUCAUUUUCAAUGUAUAGUACCUAUGCGGACUUGGAGAAUCGUGUUCAGUGGUCGUUUACGAAACGGUGAGAAUUAUCGUCACGUUAAAAUAAAUUUCUUGUGGAAUYCAUUUGGAUUUCCAGUAUACUGCGAUAAAAAUAAUACGUUUUUCAAACAUGAAAUCGACCAUACGAAUCCAGACUACAUUAAAAAUUUAUUGGGAUUCGAUCAGUUCGGUCAAAUUUCUGGUUCGAUAGUCGUAGAUGGUAAAAAAGAAAUGAUGAACAUGCGUGCCAUGAAAUUAAGACGGUGGAAUAUGUCAGUCAACGACUCUGCGUUUGUUGGAUUUAUAAAUAGUGAUAUAAUGUGUUCCGUACAGAAAUUAAAAAGGCAAUAUAUGGUAAACUGCAGUGGCCAUUUAAAAACAACUUCAGAACACGAAAUAACCACACCUGGUGGAUUGUAUUUUGUGAGUGAAAAUAACUUAGAAAAUGACAGUCUGAAAAUCGAAAUACAACAUAAAAAUUUCAGUUUAAAUGCAAGCUUAAAAAGCCAAACGACUGUAAUUCUAAAUACUGUAUCGAUUGCAAUCCUUCUUGGAGACGAGUUUAAGGGAAUACUUCUUUGUUUCAAAGAUGCACAUAYAACUGACAAUAUAGUAAAAUAUGCAGAAGAGAUUUCAGUAAAUGAUCAUAAAAUUGACUUAACCGUAAACUUAGACUCGGAGAUGUGCAUGUUUAGCAAUAUAGUAGGGAACAAAGCAAAAUCUUUGUUCCAAUUAAAAAAAGCAAUCGUUGAUGGUCUGAUUAACGACAUUAUUAUCCCAGACGGUAUAUGUAUCACGACGAUGGCGAUGAGAACACAUAUAAGAGAAAAUAAACAAUUGUCAAUCGAUUUAGACAACGCRAUCGAAAAAGCAAAACAGAGCGAUUUCGAAAAGUUAGCGGAUUACUGUGGACGGUUGGAUGAUCAAUGGCGGUCGACGGAACUGAGCGCUGAGUUGUUGGAGGCAGUUUCGAACGGCGUGAGCGAACACAACUUGUACGCAGUCCGUUCGUCGGGAAUAUUUGAGGAUGGCGAAUCGACGUCCUCGGCCGGCCAAUACUUAACCGUGCUAGGCUGCACCGGUCGUACUUGUGAUAUAGUUGCUGCCGUUUUAAAAUGUUGGUCGUCAAAUUUCUCAGCACGAGCUUUGACGUAUCGAAAGAACAAUGGACAGCCAUUAAUGUGUGACAUGGGGGUGGUCAUACAAGACCAAGUGAGCGGUUCAGGAGUUGCUGGAGUUGCGUUUUCCAGAGACCCGAACACCGGUGAUCCUGGGAAGAUCAUCAUAGCCGCAAGUUACGAUUUGGAAAAAGCGGGGGUUGUGUCGGGAUCAGUCGAACCUCACGAAGUCAUUGUUUCUAAACUGCGGUUCGAAGCAGUCGAAGACAAUUUCACUACUUCUGCGGGACUUCUGCAGGAAACAUCGAAUUUCAGUGUUGAAAAAUACGAUGAUGCGAAUCCGCUGCAGUGUAUUCCUGUUAAUUUGACGAAAAAGUUGGCUGACAUCUGCGUCCGAGUGGAAGRCGUGUUUGGUUCGCCACAAGACAUUGAGUGGGUGGCUGUAGAGGAUCAAAUUUACCUUCUCCAGUCGAGGCCGAUUACAUCUAUAUUCGCUUGGAMUAACGACGAAAUAACGCGAGAAUUUGACUCGCCAUUUACGAGCGACGACGUGAUUAUGUUUUACAAUGUGAAAGAAGUCUACCCCAAUCCUAUGCACACUUUAUCGUUGACUUUGGAUUUCUUUUCAUCGUACCCACUGUUUAAAUUGGCCGAAACAGAGCCCACUGAGAUCUAUCGCAACAAACAGUUAUCCUAUACGCACAACAACAUGUGUCURAACGUAUGUCAAAUGUUUCAAGAUUUAGAACCUGGCAGCGUAUACGUUAAGAUAAUUGAGUACUCGAUAGCCGGAAAAUGUUUCUUAACAAGUGAUAUYUGGGAGAAAAUACUAUUGAAAAAUCGCAGUUCUGCUUUAAAAAAAAUUUUUAAAUCUAUUUCUACGUUUAAGGAAACACUUUAUCUUGAAUCGCGAUUAAACGAAACAUACAAAAUUAUUUGUGACGCAAACAUAGAASAACAAUCAGACACGGCGUUGGAUCUUUUGAACAAUAUCAAUAGUGUUGUGGAUGUUCUAGAAAAGGUCACUUCUUGUCACGUGACAUCGAGCAUGAAUAAUAUCAUAUCACAUACAUUAUUAGCAAUAUUUGGACUAGACUUCAAUAAAGAUUCACCAAUCAACAUGUUAUCCAAUUUAUCGACCUCGAUUGAUACACCAGACAUAAUAAACGUUUCAAUCCUAAAAGAUAUUCAAGCUAUUGCUGGCGUUAUUUCCGAAAUAUCUUCAAAAAAAGAAUUUUGUGAUUUGCCUGUUGAAAACUGUAACAAAUGGUUAAAGUUGAAUUGUAAGAAAGGUUAUGAUCAAGUGGAAGAAUUCAUUAAAAAAUAUGGACACCGUGGUGUCCAAGAGUUAGAUUUUGGUUCAGAAACAUGGUCGACGGAUCGCAACCGAUUGUUUUCGUGCCUUCAAUCGUUAAUAUUAUACGAACACCGUCAAUCCGAUAAAAAGCUAACAGAUAUCGAUUCUCAUACUGUUUCAAGGGGAUAUAUUAAAAAGAUGAUAUUCGAUUAUUUAUUAAAGAAAUAUCGUCAAAGCAUUUCGUAUAGGGAACAAUCAAAAGAUAUGCUGGUGCAGAUCACUCACAAGUUGAGAUUAGGUUAUCGAAAACUCGGCSAAAAACUCGUGGCUGAAGGAAAAAUACCGGAUUCAAAACUAAUAUUUUUCAUGUCUCAGUACGAAGUUAAAAAUAUUUGCUAUGACAACAAUCGUUCCGAAAUAGUGCAAAAAGCAACGAAAAGACGUAAAUUGUGGCCCGAUUGGAUCUUGUUGCAGUUUGACGACGUGUGUUACGGACCACCUGUUCCUAAAACAUUUUUAGACGAGAAAUAUGAUAACAGUUCCACGCGGUUUAAAGGUUGUUGCGUGUUUCCUGGACGGGUUAAAAAUCGUGCGUGUGUACUAGAGCACAUCGAAGACGCGCGUUGCUUGCGGACGGGAGACAUUUUGAUCGUGAAAUCUGUCGACAUAGCUUGGUCACCAUAUUUCCCGAUUAUUUCCGGUUUAGUCACGGAGAUCGGUGGUGUAAUAUCUCACGGAGCUGUUGUCGCCAGAGAAUACGGGUUACCCUGUCUUGUUGGAGUACAAAAUGUCAAAAAAUAUUUCAAAACAGGUGAUAUGGUAAUUCUAGAUUCCGAAAAGGGAUUUGUCAUUAAAGACGACAACAUCAUGACAAAUUGAUAUUGUAUCCAUCAUAAAAUAAUAAUUCAUAUUCAUGGUGUAUCAUUUAAUUUUUAAAUAAAUUAUAAUAUAAAAUAUAUUGAGAACAAUACAAAAAGUGUAAA